AUGACUCGUUCUGAACAAGAACAAAUAGAUGUUGGAGCACCACCACCUAUAGACGAGUCCUUCUUCUUCGAGAAUCUGGAAUCUUUCAGAGAUGUGGAAAUUGAUGGUGUUAACAUACUUAAAGCAACAUGGGACACAGUGAGCGUUGCAGAAAUGAAAAUACUAACAGAGAUCGAGAAUGGUAACGUGCCAGAAAAGGAUGGAAUUCUCUUUCCGGAUUUUGACGACAAAUUCAGGAAUAUUGCGUUUACAUGGGCUUGUAUUCGUGGUCUUACACACAUUUUGUCUAAACUGGAAACUUCUGGCGCAGAUAUUAAUAAUAUCUGUCUCACCUCUGCAACACCGACCAUGUAUGCUGCUUUUACUGGACAAAUUUCUAGUCUCAAAUACCUAGUUGAGAGAGGUGCAAAUUUAAAUUACGUUAGCCCUCUUUAUGGUCAUUGCGCUUUGCAUUCAGCUGCAACUGGAAACCGUCCAGAAACUGUCGAAAUUCUUUUGGAUAAUGGUGCUGACUUGAAUAAUGUAUCAAAAAACCCAGACAUGCUCCCACUUUUGCACUACGCUAUUAGAAUAAAGUCAGAAGAAGUUGCAGAAUUAUUUAUCAAGCGAGGAGCCAGCGCCACAUCUAAAAACCACAUUGGAGAAACUCCUCUUCAUGUGGCUUGUGGUGCCCAAUCUUUAAAAUGUUGUGAACUCUUAUUACAGAAACCAGAAGUUGAUGUAAACUCUCUGGAUGAAAUGAAUAGGACUCCGCUGCAUUACGCCAUAAUGGCAAAUAGGUCGAAUAUUAAAAUCGUAGAACUCUUACUGAAACAUGGUGCGCUGGUCAAUCAAAAAGACGGAAAAGGAUUUUCGCCUCUUCAUAUUGCAGCUUUAGAAGAGCAAGCCGAAUGCGUUGAAAUGCUCAUUAGAAAUGGUGCUGAUUUAAGUGCAAUCACAAGCAAAGGGGUGUCAGCCUUAAAUAUCAUUCUACGCAGGAUACCAGAAUGCUUUGAAGCGUUUCGAAUGAAGAUGAAUUCUUCCAUACAGUUGAGACGCCCGGAUUCUCAAAACAGGGAAUUUGAUAUGAGAUUCGAUUUCACUCCUCUUCUUCCAAGUGAUGACAGACUCGAAAGUAGUUUAAUUAACAUGUUCAUACUGGAAAAUCUGACAUAUCUUUUAAUACAUCCUCUAAUUAUGACAUUUCUCUACCUGAAGUGGGAAAGAAUUAAAAAAUUCUACCUUCUUAAUAUUUUUGUAUACAUGCUCAUGGUGAUCUCCAUGAGUACAUACGUGUUAAUGGCUUUAGCUUAUGAGUGUCUUACUCCCACUGAAGAAAAUAUGAGUAGUCAUAAUGGUUCUCGUGAGAUUUGUUAUUACUUUAACAAACGGGUUAUUAUAUUUAAUUGGUACAUUUGGUUGGCUUUUGUUUGUUGGAUGAUACCAAGGAAAAUUUUGAAUUUCACAACUCAUAAAAACUAUAAGGAGUACCUUUGGAACAUAGACAACACUCUGGACACUAUAGUUAUAAUGAGUGUAUUCGCUACGUCUUUUUUUUAUACAGGCAGAACUUACCAUUGGCAAAAGUAUGUCGGUGGUUUUUCUGUUCUUUGUGCUUGGACAAACUUGAUGAUCAUGGUUGGUCAACUGCCAGGAUUUGGGACUUACGUUGCGAUGUUCACUCAUAUUCAAUAUGAAUUUGCAAGACUCUUUUUUGCUUAUUCAGUACUGAUUAUUGGAUUUAUUCUGAGCUUCUGCAUAAUUUUUAAUAGAGAACCAUCAUUUGCAAAUCUAUUAACCGGUGCGGUGAAAAUUCUAACGAUGAUGACUGGGGAACUUGACUUUGAGAAACUUUUAAACCAUCAAGAAAGGAAUAUAAAUGGUUAUAUCGUUGUUUAUAAUCCAUUAUCUGUUUCGUCACAAGUUCUCUUUGGACUUUUUGUCAUUUUUAUGGUCGUAAUUUUAAUGAACUUGCUGGUUGGUAUAACUGUGCACGACAUAAAAGGUUUAAGAAAUCAGGCCGGUCUUGCUAAACUCAUACGAACGACAAAAUUGAUAGUCUACACGGAAAUGCUACAGCAGAAAUUAAAACAUUCUCCAUUUUUUAAAAAAUUAAUAGCCAAUAAAGCGCUUGCUCAACUUCGAAAUCAUAUUCUUAUAGUAAGACCAUUAAAUCCACAGGAAAAGAGGAUUCCUAGACUGAUUAUGGAACCAGCUUAUGAAAUUGCCAAAAAAAAUAGUCCCAUUCUGGACAAUAAAAAUCCUGCUUAUAGCGAAAAGUAUUCGUAUAUCCCAAAGAAGAAAGAAGCGAAUACAAAAACUACAUUAGAAACUGCAGUUGAAAAACUGAAUUCGCAGUUUAAAAUCAACGUUGAUCAAGUAGAUGAGUUGAAGGUCCAGUUACGCGAAGUAAAAAGAAUAUUGGAAGAAAUCAUGUUGAAAUUAUCGUAA